UCUAAAAAAAAUUAUCAUUUUCUAAUUAAUCCUUUGUAAUAGGAUGACGUUAUUCUUAAAAGAGAAGGCGACACACUUAAAGGAUUUAUGGGACAUAUUUUUAUCCUGAUAAAAGAAUCUGUGAAUUUUACAAUGGAAUUUGUGGAAGAAGAAGAUUCAAUUGGUGUUUGGAAUGAAACAACUGGAACCUGGUCGGGUGUUAUAAAUCAUUUAAUUAAUGAUAAAAUUGAUUUGGCAGCUUCUGAUGUAUCAUUAACAUCGACAAGAUUACAUCAUGUUGAUUCUACUGUACCAUUAAUGGUUGUCGAGAAUUUUCUCUAUCUUAAAAAACCCGACGAUUCCAUACGAUGGACUGGUUACAUUAUGACGUAUACCAAAAAUGUUUGGAUAUUUAUCGGAUUAUUUUUAACAAUAAUUCCAUUGCUUCUCACAUUUAUGAAAAUGGAAAUUCGUGAAUCGUACCACUUGCCAAGUCUCCUGUCGGAAAAUUAUGUCAAUGUGUGGGGUAUUUUUUGUCAACAGGGUUUAACAGAAUUUCCUUCGGCGUUAACAUUACGAGUAGCGUAUUUCUCCAUUUUUCUUCUGUCGAUGAUAAACUGGUCGGCUUAUUGUGCUUCUCUAACGAGUCUUAUUAAUGUUUUAAAUACAGAAUUAACGUUCAAAACUAUUCAGGAAUUUGUAGACGAUGAGUUUUAUAAAUUAAUUGUAAUUAAGGAUUCGGCAGAAUAUGAAUUUUUUCAGCACGAAACAGAUGACAAGGAUUUAAUUGCCAUGAAUAGUGAAAUGAUGGACAGGAAUCAAUUACCGACAAAUAUCAAAGAGGGAUUCGAUAUGGUAUGUGAAGAAAAAGUUGCUUUAUAUAUUAGUAGUUAUUUAAAGGAGCUCGUAAAAGACAACAUUAAAUGUCCGAUUUAUCAAAUUUCAACUAAUAAAUUUGACAACGUGGGUUUAAUUUUGCAAAAACAUAGUGAAUACACAGAAAUAAUAAAUUAUCACAUUCAUAAACUAAAAAAUUAUGGAUUUAUCAGUCAGUUACAAAAUGUCUAUUUGAAAACAUUUCUAAAUCAAAAAAAUCGUCGAAGAACAACUUAUACAAAAGUUGGAUUUUCAGUCGUUAAAUUUCCGUUUACAAUUAUUGCUUUUGGUUUUAGUUUGUGUUUACUAGUGAUUAGCGUGGAAAUAUGUUAUAAUUAUUUUCAAAUUGAACACAAUUUGAAAAUUAUCACCUGGCCCGUCAAGUACUUAAUUCAACAAUUUUAUUUCUAUGAGAAAAAAAUAAUUAAAAAAAGUAUUGCCAGAAAAUAAUCCUCUAUCAAUUUGUCCAAUAAAAUUAAUACACAUUUGUUAACUGUUUUUUUUUAAACAAAAGUUUUUUUAAAAAAAUGUUUCUUUAAUUUUUGUGUUUAAAUUUUCGCGCUCU